GAAAGCUCUUUGGCCUCUGAUGAUGUAUUGGCUCACUACUUCAAUGAUUUCUUAAGUCUGCCAUGUUUCAUGGAAGCUUUGCUGUACAAUCAGGGGACUGGAUUGUUUGAAGUGAUAAAUGGGGAAGCCAAUUCUGUCACUCGAAGAAUCAGAACAGAACUGAACUGCAGAAAAUCACAGCUUCUCAGUGGUGACCCUGCAGAGAUGACCCGGACUUCUCCAGUAGAAAACCAUUACACUGUUUGUUGCCUUGACAAAGAGCAAGGAAUUCAGUGGAUCAUAAGAGAAAGGUUACCCUUUUUCCUUCAGAGUGAUUGCUACUAUGAAUACAGACUAGCCAAGCUGUUGCUUCAGUGGGACCCAAAGAAUUCGGGGCCACUCACUUUUUCAGCCCCGCAACUGCAUUGCCACUCCCAGUUUAGGCAAUUUAAGAGUGAUACUUUGAAAGCGUCACAUUCUCCAGAGAAUAUUUCAGAAAAUUCAGGUUUCUCUUCCCCACUCAAGAAAUGUAACUGGACUCAGGAAUGGCACAGCUCACAAACAAAGCUGAACCUCGGUUUCAGAGGUCUAUCAGCAGGAAUUAGAGAAGAAAAACUUAGAGAAUCGAACUGCCAGAUAUUUGCUAGUCCUGAACAACACCUGGAGCACCUGUUAGAUGGUAAAAGCCUGACAAACACUUCUGAGAGCGCUAGCAAGUCUGGACACCAAUCAAGUUGUGCCCCCACAGGCAAAAAUCUCUCAGAAGGUAAAGAAAGAGAAAGACUGGACAACAAGAAAGUUCAAGAUGGCUCAAUGGAGACACAAACACAGGGGAAUGAGACGAAUAGGAUGGUUGGGAGUUCAGUAACAAAACAGGAAGAUUUCCUUGAAAUGUGUUGGCACGACACAUGUUGCCACAGCGAAAGGCCUGACUUGCAUGAAUUCAAGGACUUUCUGCAGGGAACUCCAGGACAGAAGCUUUUUGAUUUAUGGUUGGAUAUAGAGAGACUCAAAACUAUUCAACCGAUGGAGCGGAAAGACAGGCAUUUGUUCUUAAUGAGGAGCUGGUACCUGUUAAGUAGCAGUCAGAGAAGUCUGAAUGUGGAGCUGCUCUCCAGUCUUGGGCUGACUACCUCCCCCUGCUGGACAGGGGAGAAGUUGCGCUCAGUCCAGCCCAGCUUAACAGAGUCUCUGCUCUGUUAUUGGUUCGAUUCACAGGCACCACGGUUCUGGAUGUUCUGGUGUUUCGAAAAGUGCCCCCUGUCAGCACAGAUCUGCCAUGGCUCUAACAUUUUGCCUUGCCUCCAGCUCAACACUUGCUUGACUCUGUGCCCCUAUUCUGCCAACUCACAGUUGUCAUCUACCAGAAGUAGGUUACUCUGCAGCAGAAGACUAAAGCAGAUGUUACAGGCUCUCUUUGCUGAGUCUCGGUCUGGUUUAUACUUCACACACUUCUGUGAGCAAUCUGGGAAUCAGCUGUGGGUGAAUGCUGUUUACUUUUGGACAGACUUACAGCACUACCAUGAGCUUUUCUACCAGGAUGGACUGGACCCCUACAUAGUACAAAGAGAGGCACAGUUCCUUUAUUCCAAUUAUAUUUUCAACGUAGCCAGAAGGAGCAUUGAUGUAGAUGAGGAGAUCAGCAGGGAGGUGUACAACAGACUGUGGCCUGCCUUUGAGGAGCUGUUUGAUGAGGCUGAGGAGCAUGCGUUAACUAUUUUACUGGAGCCAUGGACUCUGCUGGCCAACAGAGACAAAGACUCUCUCCAGAAGGAAUACAGAGAACUCCAGGUUCUGUAUGAGGUGUCUGAGCAGCAGCUGAAGCAGCCGAAGGAACCCUGCAGAUCCAUGAAUUUUCCUCCAACAAAGGGUUCCCAUGCACGUGAAUCAUGGCUCAGUGUGCCUUCAAGUUACCAGGGUUACAAUUUGGAAUGGCUACUUCGUCAGCGUCAUGAGAUUGACCACUUCAUUAUCCAUUUGAUGUGUUGGCUAGAUCUGGAGCAGUACAGGAGGACUCAUCAGAGAGACACGGCGGUCAUACAGGAGAUGUCGUCCCACAUUGCCUCUAAAUACCUCAACAGGGAAUACUUCUUCGGUUCUGACAGUCCUGCAACAGCAAAACAGCAGAAUGAUAUACUGAGAUUGACAGGUGGACUUGAACAUCUUAAGUUAGAGUGUCUCACCAACCCAGUCAUCACAAUAAUCCAGGACAUCGUCAGGAAUCACAUUGAGGAAAAGUGGCUCCCUCUGUUUCUAUCAACUGCUGAGUUCACCCAACGACAGAAACACAAACCAAAGCUGCAAGCAGCAAACAACCUCUCACAGCACAACGUCCUUCGACGCAAACUGAGGAAAGAAGCCUGGAAGGCUCAGGGCUGGUGGAUGUAUUCUUCUGGCGAGAUCCUAUUGUUUAGAAGAAUUCUUCUAAAUCCCUCUACCUGUCAGCAGUUCCAAAACUUUGUCUCUCUGAAGGGAGACUUCUUAGAAAAUGAUGUUCGCUUCUGGCUUGAGGUGCAGAGGUACAAGGACCUCUGUCAUUCCCACAGUGAUGAGGUGACCAUCCAGCAAAAGAUCUCCACCAUCAUAAGCUGUUUCAUCAACUCUUCAAUGCCGCCGACAGUGCAGAUCGACAUCCCCCCUGAUCAGGCCCAGCGUAUUUUGGACAGGCGCCACAAACUUGGCCCAUACAUUUUUAGAGAGGCACAGAUAUCAGUGUUCAGCGAAUUGCUGAAGUUUUGGCCGGAGUUUCAAGAGUUUAGCAGCAGCAUCCAGGAUGAGAAGCUCCUCCGUCUACUGAAGAAUAAACGUGUGAAAUGCAAAACCAGACAAUGGAGACAAAGAAGGAAAGAGGAGGAAGAUGAGGAGAGGAGUGCACAGGAGGAACAGGAGAGGCCAAAGUCAUGUGUUAGUGAAGAAAAGGAUGAGACAGAAGAUGAAGAAAAAGAGCAAGAAGGAAGAAGUGACUCAAAGCAGACGCAGACACAUAGCAGUGUGCUGUUCACUCCCACCCAGCCGUUGUUGUGGUCAUACUCCAAGUACAUGGCAGGGCUGAAGAAAGAGGAGCUGCUGCUGAGGAAACAAAGUCAGAUGGAAACCUCCACAGUCUCAGAUUCCUCAAGUGAAUACCGCGCUAAGUGGGGGAGCAGCAAGCGCAGCUUCCCAAAGUCGUCCCCCAGAAGUGACAGCAAGCAGUGUAAUAGUCUAAAGUCCCAUUCGUAG